AUGCAAUAUGAGACAUACGCAAAGCUAAACGCUGUUGUGUCUCAGUUAGACGAUGUCUCAAAAAAGACCGCAGAUGGAUCGGACUUUUUCGUCGGACCAUUUGGAGCAUUUGUAGUUCCAGGAAAAGCUGCUUCAACUAUUCCAACUCCCAAAGUAUCUCCAACAAAGAAAGCACAACCCGAGGAGACCUUACCUGAAGUUCAGCCGAUGGACAUCGAGGAAGCUGCAAAGAGUGCUGACUCGCUCGAACUCAGUAGUUCGGAAUCGAUAGAUGAGCUCAUCAAGAAUACGGAGAAUGAGAGAAUCGACUCGGAUAGAUUAGAACCGGAAACAUCGAUUUUCUCCAAGACGGAUAAUACCUAUGUCCAUUACGCUCUUUUGGAUUCGGCAAAACUUACAACUUUGGCUAUCAAAGGGACAAAGUAUGAGUUCUCGGAACAAAGUAUGUUUCAUAUCUUGUACCCCAACUUUUUCCCCAAUAUAGAUCCGGAUGAUUGGCGGCCAAGUGUGAAUGUCAUGUUGCGCUAUUUCCGACAAUCGGUUACAGCACCUGGGGGUGUUGAGAUCACUCCAUUGUUGACUACCACUACGCAACAGCUUGAUGCCUCAUCUAUGGCUUUUACCAGAGUUGUAUAUGAAAGGAAUCAAUGGGACACUUACGUGCUACCAUUAAUCAAGCAGAUCUUUUUCGAGCUCGUCUGUGAAGAAUUUCCGUCGUCAAACAACUGGAGAACACACUAUAUUCGCAAAGAAAGCACUACAAUCUCAAGAACACUUUUACUUAAGAACUUGAGGUUGGGUAUAAUGUUCAUGUGCUUAGCAACGAGUGCUUUCCGUAAAUCUCUGGAGUACGAAAAAAAGAAUGUCAAUAACGACGUCAAAACAUACUACAUGGAUGAUGAAUUGAAGGCUGCCAUUGAAAUGAGAAAGUUGGGCAUAAACAUAUUGAACUACCAUUUGGAUGAGUACGACAAUAAUUCGCUGUACCCAGAGAUUGAUAACUACGAGACAUGCUUGUUGCUAGCCUUACUACUCCAAAUCAAUCUCGAUGAUCUCUUUGGUGUUUAUGAAAAUUAUGAGCUCAUCUUUGCUAUUGGCGAUUUCCUUGUCAAGAGUCGUUUGAGAAAAGUUGAGCGAAAACUUACAACACUCGACAAAUAUCUUCGAAGUGUUUUUGAAAUCUUGCAGAUCUUUUACAAUUCCACUCAGGCGGUGACUAUCUUCAACUAUGAGAUUCCUGAUAAAGAUCGUCAGCAGAGAUACCGAGACUUGGACGAGAACUAUGAUUUAUCGAAGAACUUAUCGGAUGUUGAACUGUACGAUUCGACGAGUGAAGAGAGCGAUAACCUUGAAGGGAACGAAAGGCCAAAGAAUAUUCUGGUUGCCGCGGGAACAACUGACGAUAAGAACCCACUUUCGUUCACUGUGCAUUUUAACGAGAAGUCCAAUCGUCAGAGGAAAGCUUCCCACACCGAGCUUCCAUCCCUCCCGUUGCGCCGUAGUACGAUGCACCUGAGCUCCAGCCCAAUCUGCCCGGAAUUGGGUGAUCGUUCUGUCUAUGUUUCCUAUGGGUUGCCAAAAUCAUUGCUUCAAUUGUUACACGAAGUUGUGCAGCUUACCAAUCACAAAAGAGUUUUCCAAACUCAAGGUUUCUUCCCAAGAAAUUACCCGAGAGUAUGUGCUGACACAGAAGACAAAAUUCUCAACUGGAAUGUCGAGAGCUAUUGGAAGCUUUAUGACAACGAAUACGAUCCAAUCACCAAUACGGCUACUAAAACCUUUUACUCUCUGUUCCACGAGGGUCUCUACUAUAAUGUGAUGGGCGUUUAUCAUGCACUUAAAGUCUACUACAAAAGGUUGAUUCCAGGAAGCUCUCUCACAACUACCCAAUCCCACAUACAUGCAUGCAUGGAUUCCAUGGAGAAGCUUAUAAAAUUAUCUGAAGAACUACAAAAACGCAAGGAGCCUUACAACAACGUUGUCGAAGUAUUUGGAGCCAUAGAACUUUCAGAAAGCAUAACUAUUGGAGAUCCAAGCAGAUUCUUUUUGAGGUAUGGAAACGGCGCUCAGAAGGAGAAGAUAUUGGAUUCAUGGAUCUAG